AUGGCAAUGUAUAUGGAUCUCGACUACAAAUGGGUACAUCCCAGCGGCGACUGGACCUGCGAGUCGAGGCAGUUUGACCGCGACAACGACUACGUCAAGGUAAAGCUUCGAAUCCCGUGGAUCAGAUGGCCCGUGUUCGAGAAAGACAUCGGGAGGGAGAACAGAAUCCCCGGGGCAGAGAUCUACAACAGGGCUGUCCGCGCCACCGACAGCUGGGCCCUCCUCCUGAGGGAAAAGGUCGACGGCGAGGAGUUUCCCCGGCACGAGGCCAUGUCGUGCAUCAUCCAGAUGCACGAGACGCUGCUGCACACUAUCUGCACGCUGCCUGUUGAGUUUCAGUAUCUUAGGUUGUUUUACGGCUUUGUUGCUGAUCACGUUGCCAAGCUUAGCGAGGUGACGGGCUUGGAUCUGGGUCAGGUUGUCUUUUUUGAAGAUGGGAGGUUUAGGAUUGAGGAAUUCAAGGGGUACAAGCCAUGCAAGGGAGUGAGGUCAGAGUGUGACGAGAAAUGGUACAGCGUAUACAUACCAUACACAUAUACUCCGGCUCCUUCACUUCCUAAACAUGCGCAUAACAACGCGCUUGGCCAGGCUGUACAGAGCGUCGAGGCUCGCCGACAGACCGGCUUGUACACGGAUCGGUUCUUCAGGUUGGGUGAACCAAAAUGGCCGUCCGUGAUCCUGGUUCAUGUCUUUUUGCUCUCGUCUGUGUUUUGCUCCGGCGCACGGUUCUGCCGCGGGUGA